CUUUGUACGCCGCUAUGCCUUUUGAACAACUACCACCACCAUCGCCUGCCCAACCCCGUCGUGCCCGUCCUUCCCUCCCCGAGGACCCCUCCUCCUCUUCCUCGUCCUCUACCCCGUCGCUUACGACUAGCGGGACCACAAGCGAAGACACAUCGACGCCAGACCUAGUAUCGCCUCUACAGCGGCUCUCUCUGCGCCCUGGCCACUCACCAAUCGAGAAACGCAAAUCCGACGCAACAGGACGGGCGAUGAAUCUCAUCAGCAGCCCGGUGGAGGAAGUGCGUGAUUGGAUUUCGCACAAGGAGUACCGGGCACAGCAGGAGCAACAGCCAUCGGACAGCAGAAGCACUGGUAAGGGCAAAGAGGCUGAGCUGAAUACGAGCAGAGAAGGCCACUCACCAACCGAGAAACGACGGACUAUGAACCUCAUCAGCAGCCCGAUGGAAGAAGUGCGCGAUUGGAUUUCGACGACGAACGGAGAGUACAAGCCACAGCAACAGGACCGGCAGCAACAGGACGGGAGAAGCAGGGGCAGGGAGGGUGAUCUAAAUACAAGCAGAGAAGCUUCUCUCCCUUUCCCCCUUCCCUCCGCCCGCCCCGUCCUCCCUCAUAGGACGUCCUCGUAUUCGAAACGACACGCCUCUUUCGACUCCCCCAGAGAGGUGCCUCUGCCGUACAUGCCCCACCGCCAGCCCUACGCCGCAUCCACGUCUCAGGCGCAGGGCUCCUCCGCCGUCGUCCAUGACUCCGACCCCCCUUCUCGUCUCUCCUGCGUAACCUCCGAAUCCUCCCGCUCCGUCUUCGACGACAACGUCGCAAGCUCUUCCUCCGACAGUACCCCCUCGUCAUCCUCGUCAUCCUCCCCACCUACCUCCUCCGGAGGGGACUCAAAAACGAACCGGGGCCAAGCUACCGACUACAUGGACGUGUCGGGGACAUCCUCUCCUAGUAUGCAUUUCCAUUCUUCUCGCGCAAUGCCCCCGCCCCGUCCCCAGUCACCGAGGAUCUCCUCGUCAUCCUCUAGCCCCAUCCCACUCUGUGCCCGUCCAUAUUCUUCCCCCGACGCCUCAAGGCCGCUGCAGGGCGGGAUCCACGCGCCACGGCCGAUGCGACCACCGGGCGUGCCUGAUCGUGGGUCAACGGCGAGCCUGCCCCUGCCCGCGGAUACACCGUACCACAUCCUGCCUACCUACCCCGGCGGACCAAUCCCCGAAGACCAAGAGAUGAGAUCCGCUGCGCCUUCGCGACCAACUUCAAGCCGCCCGUCCGUCGGGGGUCAUCACUCAUCGACGUCAUCGAUACCGUCAUCGUCGUCCGCACAGUCACGGCGCUCGCCGACGCUGGUGUCUGACUUGGAGCACGACGAGUUUAUGUCGCUCGUCGCCAACCGGAUGUUCGACCGCGCUUACUCGUCGGCCGCACGCGUGGAUUCUGACAACGCCUCUUCGAUUAUGUCCGACCGGCCACUCCCCCCACCCGCACCACCAACCGUUCUUACUCCGCCGCCACCCCCGCUGAGCACGGAUAGGGGUCCGACAGCACCAUAUGAACCGUUCCUGGCCCACGCGCCGGCCCCCCAGGACAGCUUCAUUUCCGUGGACACUCGGCCGACCGAAUAUCGGCUCAUCGUCAAGCUGCCUGGUUUCAGACGGGAUGCUAUUACUGUCUCAACCCGCAAACGGCGCGUGCUGCAUGUUGUAGCUGAUUCGUGGGAGCCCGACGGUGUGGAUUAUCGAUUCGUGUUCCAUCAAAUUUCUUCGCGCUCGCGAUGUAUCAUUACGCCGUCGCUGCACCUCCGUCAACACUGCUCAGGUCACUUUGAGCAACGCAUCUCGUUCGGCUACGAUGCGCUCCUCGCCCAAGUGCGAGCCGAGUUCGACGGUGAACUCCUGCAAGUGAUCGUCCCGAGGCGGGCAGUUCCCAUGACGUAUUAUUGAUGAGCGCCCCGGCGCUCGGUCCUGGCUCCCUGCAAGCCCCUUCUGCCGACUCCUCCCGGACGUCUGGCGGCUACCCCUUCACAUGGCCGGAGCCCCUCCUCUCCCCUUGCUUGUGCGGUCCUCUGUCAAAAGCACAUUCCAGCGGCGCAACGUGCGGCCCUAGCGAACGUGGGCACGGGCAUCGGUGCGGGACCCUUGCUCGCCGCACACGGCGGCUUGCGCCCAUCCUCUGGACCACCAGCCGGGACUGGACGAGGACACGGGGACUACAUACCCCCCAGUAAUUAUCACGUCACGACCCAUAUUCCCUUCAUGAUGAGUAUAUCCCGCCGCGCGGCGCGGCUUAAUGACUACACAUAUCCCACUAGCUGCACUGGUCACCGCAUUCCUCCCCUUCCCCGAUAUCGAGUUCUGGCGCCCAUCGUAUCCAUCUAUCAUCGCCCCUGCCGUGCUCGUCGCUCUUCUCCCCUAUUCGCCGAACUUCUUCGUAUGGUCCGCCGCGCGCCCACGUAUCGGCCAUCGCGCAUCACAAUCGCACAAAUCAUCGACGCUCAACUCUAACGCUGUCGUCUCUCGCGGCCAUUUCCCUAUCCUCGGUAACGCUUCGCCAAUCCCACGCAUUGCCGUAUGUGGAUCGCACGUCGUCGCGCGCCGUCUCCCUCCUGCGCUCCCCGCAUAACCUCGCGUAUCCAAUCGCUGCUUUCAGUGUCGCGCAUCAUACGUACGGCUCGCAUUCGAUUUGUAGGUCCUUUGUCACAUAGACGCGUUAUACCCGCCUGUCUGUGCACUGGGACGCUCGGCGCACCUCAUCCUCGGCAGCGGCCCGACCAAGACACAGGAUCCACGAUGCUUUCGGGGCGCCCAACAAGCUCAGCCGUAUCCCACUGGAUGCCAGCUUCUCCAGGGACUGUGGGCGCAACGCCCGCGUACGUUACCUGAGCCGUCCUGGCUUACGAGACGGCAUGCGGUUUGGAGUUAGAUUGGCUGCAAUAGCUCCCGCGAGAGUUCGUGCCGGGGUCCAGUGAUUGCGCACACGGCUGGGGCCAAGGAAGAAUCCGCCAGGCCGGAGCUUCAGGCUUCAAGAGCGGCGCUUCGCACGACUGCGUCCGCCCGAGGUGCGCGCGAGCGUAAAUUGCGCUAGCGCUUCGGCGUCGUGUGGCGGCGCCUCGGCGUCUUGGUCGAUUGGCCGCGGGCCCCUCCCAGGCGAAGGGGAAGGCACGAAGACGAAGACGAGGACACUUCCGGAUACGAGGAUGCGUGGAGGCAAGAACCGGGAUACGCGAAUCUCGGCUGCGGCGAUAUGGGCGGGCAACCACUGCCUUCUCCACGGACCUACCCCACACAUUCCUUACGCCCCUUCCACCCCUAUGCACCUGACGCUGCGCGCGCGUUGACAUACCCAGUCGCGUGCCUGUAUGCGGCCCUGUCCUGCCAUAUCGCCCCAUCUCAUUCAUCUCCCUGCUACGCGCGCCCAUAUUUCAUCACUUGUACAGUAUUCCACCAAGCACACCAACGCACUGCUGCGCUUCUUAGACCGUCAAUAGCUGUCGAUACUAUCCCAUCACAACGCUUCACCACCACCACCGUACGUCGUCGCAGUCCGCCGUUGUCCCGAAGUUCCAUCAUAUGUACUAUUUGCCACCCCUGCUCGUUUAACCCACUCGCUUAGCCCUGCGCGUGGGGCGGCGUGCCCACAUACUUGUAGAUCCGCGUUUUAAUUAUUCCCGUACCGUAUAAUGACCACAUUUCUGAUUCCCAUCUGACAUCUACCCCGCUCUGCAUCGUGUAUCGCUCGGUCACGCUGUGCCUCAUCGCCACCCCUGUCCCCCCCUGUCCCCUCCCCGCGUACAUGAUCGUUACAUCGUUCACCCCGCCGUUCGUACCUCAGGUACUAGCAGUACCUGGCUACACUCCGCCGCUUGUACCUCAAGUACCUGGCCACACCUCCUCGUACCUCCUUCACCCUUGCACUCUACCGCUGGCUCCGGGCUUGUGUUCGUAUUUUAUUUCACCUGUAUGUAGUUCUGCGCGUCGUGCUGUGUUGCGUUCUCGCAUCGUCGAGGCGUACGUACAUAUCCCUAUGUAUCCUCAUGUCCUAUGGCCAUCUUUCAAUGCUUCGAGCUCCCUCAUCAUUACUACUGCCCCUUGCGCAUCACUCUUCGCUGUGCUCUCUAGAUUUCCGUAUCUCCAUCCACCCCUGUACGCUUGCGCACGUUGGUCCGGAAUUAUACACGCCUGAUAUUACUCGAGGCUCAGGACGCGGCACACGCGCCAUGCACGGCGCACUCGCUGAUGGUGGACCCGGUCGUGUAACGAGGCCAACCCUUCCAUAGGCACGAGGUCCCC